GUAGCGGAAGUGACGCAAGGCGUAGCGGAAGUCCCUCCAGCCGCGGUGUUGUGCUGUGGGGAAGGGAGACGGAUUUGUAAACCCCGGAGCGAGGUUCUGCAUACCCGAGGCCGCUGCUGUGCGGAGACCCCGGGGGAAACCACCGUCACCAUGUCUGACCAGGUGCCGAGCCCAGCUUCCACUUUACCGAGAGGGUCCGUGGGGAACCCGUGUGCCUGCCUCUUCAGAAGACUCAUUGCAGAAGUAGGGCCCUAGGCCCCAGUUAUGUAACGGGAGAGAAUACCUGCCCUGGAGCGUCCGUGGCCCUGAAAAGCGGGUGGACUCCACUUUUGGGUUGUUAGUCUUUAGAUAGUUUUGGAGUGGGGACGUGGGGGCGGGGGGUGAGGGAGACAUUGUCUGGUGUUGCUGGGAACCUAGAAAGCUCUGCCUUCCGUUCGGAUUGCAGCUGGGGCCGGGCUGCCUCUGUUCUGCUCUGAGUCUUUUUCCGUGUGGGUGUGCAGAGCUGUCGCCUCUUUCUUGUACUUUCCCAUUUCUUACUCGGGAUUGGUUCAGUAGCUCUCCAGUUGUAAGAGAGAACUCAGAAUAAUCAAGAAACAAAGUAGAACAAAACUGCUAGAGCAACAAAGCGUUUCAUCUGGGCGUUAACAUGAAGAUGACUGAUACUUUUGAGGAAAAGGAUAGGAAAACUUCGUGUAUGUAGAGCAGUUGCAGAACAUUUGCAGAAAGCUUCCUGUUAUAGCAGAGUGCUCCAUCUGAAUGUUAAUAUCAAGAAUUUACUUUGGGAUUUGCACUCAAUCAGGAGUGUUCGAUUUUACGUGUGGUUGAGAAUCUGCCUGACAGUGCGGGGGACAUGGGUUCAAUCCCUGGUCUGGGAAGAUCCCACAUGCCGCGGAGCAACUUAGCCUGUGCGCCACAACUACUGAAGCCCGCAUGCCUGGAGCCCAUGCUCUGCCACAAGAGAAGCCACCGCAAUGAGAAGCCCAUGCACCGCAACCAAGAAAUCAUGAAAGGCAGCAUGGACUUCAACUCUUCAAUUCAGGAGGCAAAACCUUCAACUGAGGACUUGGGGGAUAAGAAGGAAGGAGAAUAUAUUAAACUCAAAGUCAUUGGACAGGAUAGCAGUGAGAUUCACUUCAAAGUGAAAAUGACAACACAUCUCAAGAAACUCAAAGAAUCAUACUGUCAAAGACAGGGAGUUCCCAUGAAUUCACUCAGGUUUCUCUUUGAAGGUCAGAGAAUUGCUGAUAAUCACACUCCAAAAGAAUUGGGAAUGGAGGAAGAAGAUGUGAUUGAAGUUUAUCAGGAACAAACAGGGGGUCGUUCAACAAUUUAGAUAUUUUUAUUUUUUUUCUUUUCCCUUAAUCCUUUUUUAUUUUUAAAAAUAGUUCUUUUGUAAUGUGGUGUUCAAAACAGAAUUGAAAACUGGCACCCCAUCUCUUUAGAACAUCUGGUAAUUUGAAUUCUAGUGCCCAUUUUUCAUUAUUGUUUGUUUUCAUUGUGCUGAUUUUUGGUGAUCAAACCUCAGCCCCAUUCAUAUCGCCCUCUCCUUUUUAAAAAUUAUGUGUGUGCACAGGGAGGCCGCCUUUUCCAGGACUGUGCAUUUAUAGGCUUGUGAUAAAUAAGAUUGACUAAUGCGAGUGUUCAUAAUGACUUUCCAAUUGGCCCUGAAGUUCUAGCAUGUGAUCGCUUCACUCCUGGACUGUGACUUUCAGUGGGAGAUGGAAGUUUUUCAGAGAACUGAACUGUGGAAAAAUGACCUUUCCUUAACUUGAAGCUACUUUUAAAAUCUGAGGGUCUGGACCAAAAGAAGAGGAAUAUCAGGUUGGAGUCAAGGUGACAGAGGUGGUGAAAAUAAUGACUAACUCCAAAGAUGGCUUCACUGAAGAGAAAGCAUUUUAAGAUGAAAGAAAAAUCUUGUCAGAAGAUCCCAGAAAAGUUCUAAUUUUCAUUAGCAGUUAAAGUUAUUCAUGCAGAGGUGUAUACAGCAGAACGCUGCUCUUUUUGACUUUAUUUGUACUUUUUGGCCUGGGAUAUGGGUUUUAAAUGGACAUUGUCUGUACCAGCUUCAUUAAAAUAAACAAAAUAUUUGUAAAAACCGUA